AUGCCUGAGAAGGAGCUGUGGCCAGCAGGGCCUAGUGUGGCCCCUGAGACCCACGCCGGCAGCUGUGACAGCAUGACGGGUUCCACCUCCACCCACUCUGGAUCUAGUGACAGCAGCUAUGACUUCCUGUCUGCUGAGGAGAAAGCCUGUCUGCUUUUCUUGGAGGAGACCAUCGGCUCCCUGGACACUGAGAUAGACAGCGGGCUGUCCACUGGUGAGUCUGAACAAGUCACAAUCCCUUAACCACCCUCCUCAUGCUCUCCAGAAGAGGAAGUGCCUGCACCAGUCCUCAAGAAGGGCCAACCUCAGCCCAGCACUGUACCCCAGCCUAGUUCCCUGCAGAGCCCAAGCCUCCGCUCAGGUUCCCAGAGCCUCCCCCGAAACAUCCACAUCAGCAGACCCCAUUGCCCAAGGAACAGCACCCCGCAGACUGCCAGCUGCCCCCCAGGGUCUCAUGAGGAGCUUGCCUGGGCCCCUGCCCAGGAUCAGGGCCAGCAGGGUCCAGCCAGGGAUGCGGUGCUAGGUAUGACUCUCAUUCCCCCGCAGAAGGGUUUCCAGGAUUCACAGAAGGAUUUGACCUCAGAGCCCCAACUGCCCUCAGGACCUGGGCAGCAGCUCAGCCCACCAAAGAAAAGUGACAUCCCAGUGGAGACCAUGGCCCAGAGAGCCAAUGAGGAAGGGGCAGCCCGGCCUGUUUCUGUAACUUCCUCACAGGAGAGAGCCAGAGAGCCCACAGGCCCACCGGGGAGGAACUCAGAGGCCCAAGUGACCCCCCUCCAAGCCCCCAAAUCUCGGAAGCUGCCUCCAAACAUUGUUAUCAAGAGCAGCCGCGGCAGUCUCCGUGGGGACCAGCACACCCGGCUGCUCCCCGGAGACACUGGCCUGGCUGCAUCGUCGCUGCAGGAGCAGAGGAAGGCACGCAGCGAAGCCCUGCAGAAGCUGGGGCUGCCCCAGGAACAGGAGCCCAGUGUCCUGCUAAACAGGCCCAGCAGACUUCGUGAGCCUCGCACCGCAGCAAAGGCUCAGCUCUCAUCUUCAUUGCAAAAUUCCGAAGCCCCUUCAGGGCCUCCUCCAGGGAAGGCUGCAGCCCAGGGCUCUGUUCCGACCAAGGUCAGGUCUCCUGCCCGGGACCCUGCUCCAAGGAAGACCACAGCCAUCACCCCUGGGCCUGUACCACAGAAGUCAGGUUGGGAGCUGACCCUGCAGGAAAGUAGCAUCCCUGGCCUGAGGCAGGUGAGCUUCAAGUCCAACACUCUGGAGCGUUCAGGCGUGGGGCUGAGUAGUUCCAUCUCAGCUGCUCAGGGAAGUCUCGGCCCCCAAACCAGCAGUUCUCUGGGGAAGGUCUCCUUCCUGGACAAGAGCUCCCCAGGUGCCCUGAGAAACAGCCGGCCCCGCCCUGCCUCCCUGGGCACUGGCAAGGACUUUGCAGGCAUCCAGGUGAGCCAGCUGGCCGAGCUGGAGCAAGGGCAGAGCUCCAAGCGCCCAACCUACCAAGGACAGAGCCGAGACAAACUGCCUCGUCCACCCUGUGUCAGUGUCAAGAUUUCCCCCAAAGGUGCCCCCGACGAGCACAGAAGAGAGGCCCUGAGAAAGCUGGGCCUGCUAAAGGAGUAG